GGUGGGAGGUGGGGGUUAGGGGUGAGGGGGGGUUCCACUUGUUUUAAGACCCAGACUUGGCCCCGGACUCUCUCCUCGCCGCCCCCACCUCCGGGCCGGGAGGACACCAUGUCUAAAGUCAUCCAGAAGAAGAACCACUGGACGACUAAAGUGCACGAGAGCGCAGUGAGCAGAGCGGCUCAGGGGGACCUGGCCCUCGGGGUCUCGGGGGGAGCCGAGAAGGGAGAGUUCUCCUACUUGGGCGACGUGAAGAGGGAGAGGGUCUUCUCUCCCAACGUCGGGGAGCUGAGGGCCGGGGAGCUGGUGCUGGAGGUGGACGGGGUCCCGGUGUCCGGGCUGCCCCUGUACGAUGUGCAGGGAAUCAUCAGGAGCGGCGAGGGGGCCAUCCGCCUGAGAACUGUCAGACAAGGAAGCAAGCUAAACAAAGACCUACGUCACUAUCUCAAUCAAAGAUUUCAGAAGGGAUCUGCAGAUCAUGAACUCCAACAGACAAUCCGAGACAACCUUUACCGACAUGCUAUGCCCUGUACAACCCGUCUGCCCCGGGAAGGAGAGGUUCCUGGUGUUGACUACAAUUUCCUCACAGUAAAGGAGUUUUUUGACCUUGAGAAGAGUGGCACUCUACUAGAAGUGGGAACAUAUGAAGGUAACUAUUAUGGAACACCCAAACCUCCAAGCCAGCCACUCAGUGGGGAUGUAAUUACCAGAGAUGCUUUGCGAGACCUUGCGACUGGCUCAAAGCCCACUCCAAAACGAAGCAAGUCGUACAAUGAUAUGCAAAAUGCUGGAGUAGAGCAUGCUGAGAAUGAAGAUGAUGAAGAAAACCCUGAAAUGAACAGCAGUUUUACAGAUUCUAGUGAACACGACGAACAGAACACGCGCACUUCCAAAGAAGAGGUGCCUCAAUAUAAUAACCUCAACAACUCCAGUGCACCUCAGCAACCAACCCACAAUUCCGAUCCUGCAAUAGAAAGCUUGGAUCCACUGCCUGAGAACUGGGAGAUGGCAUUCACUGAAAAUGGAGAAGUCUACUUUAUUGACCAUAAUACUAAAACCACGUCCUGGAUAGAUCCAAGGUGCCUGAGCAAGCAGCCAAAACCACUGGAAGAAUGUGAAGACGAUGAAGGGGUACACACAGAGGAACUGGACAGUGAAAUAGAACUGCCUUCUGGGUGGGAGAAGAUAGAUGAUCCUGUGUAUGGCAUCUACUAUGUUGAUCACAUCAAUAGGAAGACGCAGUAUGAGAAUCCUGUCAUUGAGGCCAAACGGAAAAAACAACAACUUGAACAGCAGCAAGCAGAGGAAUGGACAGAGCAGCAAGCAUCCCCUGCCCCCAAAGCUCCAAGUUAUGCACAGAGCAGCCAGGAGACAUCGAGGGAAACUCCAGCACAAGUCAAGCCCUUCUUUACAAGAAACCCUGCAGAGCUGAAGGGUCAAUUCAUCAAUACCAAACUGAAGAAGAGCACCCGUGGGUUUGGAUUCACUGUUGUUGGUGGGGAUGAACCGGACGAAUUUCUGCAGAUUAAAAGUUUAGUUCUUGAUGGCCCAGCAGCUCUAGAUGGCAAAAUGGAGACAGGUGAUGUUAUCGUCAGUGUUAACACCAGUUGUGUGCUGGGAUAUACUCAUGCUCAAGUUGUGAAAAUAUUCCAAUCCAUUCCAAUAGGUGCAACAGUGGACCUUGAACUUUGCCGGGGUUACCCUUUGCCAUUUGAUCCAGAUGAUCCAAAUACUAGUUUGGUGACGUCGGUAGCUAUUUCAGACAAGGACCCAAUUAUUGUCAAUGGCCAGGAAAACUAUGACUCCCUUUCGAGCCAUAGUAGCCAAACAGCACCUGCAAAUGUAAAUGGCAUUGGAUUGAAAGACCAGAGACCAUAUAGUCCAUCAUCUGGUGACGUUUCAUCAAAUGGAUCCCAUGCAAGUUACCCCAAUGAUAGCAUGUCCUUGGCUUCUUCGAUAGCGACUCAGCCUGAACUUAUAACUGUUCAUAUAGUGAAAGGCCCGAUGGGUUUUGGUUUUACCAUAGCAGACAGUCCUGGUGGUGGUGGCCAAAGAGUAAAACAAAUUGUAGAUGGUCCUCGCUGCCGUGGUCUGAAGGAAGGGGACCUCCUCUUAGAAGUUAACAAGAAGAAUGUGCAGAACCUAACCCACAAUCAAGUAGUCGAUACACUGAUAGAAUGUCCCAAGGGAAGUGAAGUAACACUACUAGUCCAACGAGGAGGACUACCUCCCAAGAAAAGCCCAAAGUCGCAGGCACUGGAAAGGAAAGACAGCCAAAACAGCUCCCAGCAUAGUGUGGCCAGCCAUCGCAGCACGCACACUGCUUCUCCAGUCCUGGGUGCCCCUGGGCCCCCCGACUACCCUGCCAGCGAAGCGCCUGCACUGGAACAAGUGGAUAACUCUGGGCAGAGGAAGCCAGAUCCCUUUAAAAUCUGGGCCCAGUCGAGGAGCAUGUAUGAAAGCCGGCUUCCCGAUUACCAGGAGCAGGAUAUUUUCCUGUGGAGAAAAGAGACUGGUUUUGGAUUUAGGAUUCUCGGUGGGAAUGAGCCGGGGGAGCCAAUCUACAUCGGCCACAUCGUGCCCUUGGGGGCCGCGGACGCUGAUGGCCGCUUACGCUCGGGUGAUGAGCUAAUCUGCGUGGAUGGCACAUCCGUGGUUGGAAAGUCCCACCAGCUGGUGGUUCAGUUGAUGCAGCAAGCUGCCAAACAGGGCCACGUCAACCUGACUGUCAGGCGCAAAGGGGUUUAUCCAGCAGCUGUGGUGAAAGCUGAUAACGAAGUCCCAGGUUCUCCAGCCUCUUCUCACCACAGCAGCACCCAAGCCCCCUCCCUGACCGAAGAGAAGCACACCCCACAAGGCAGCCAGAACUCCCUGAACACAGUGAGCUCAAGCAGCGGCAGCGCUGGGGCUGUGGCGAGCGGUAACGCCGCCAGCGUCAACAUGCAGCCAUACGAUGUGGAGAUCCGUCGCGGAGAGAACGAAGGGUUUGGCUUUGUCAUUGUCUCUUCAGUCAGUCGGCCAGAAGCAGGAACGACCUUUGGCAAUGCAUGUGUAGCCAUGCCUCACAAAAUAGGUCGGAUAAUCGAAGGAAGUCCCGCAGAUCGCUGCGGCCAGCUUAAAGUAGGAGACCGUAUUUUGGCAGUUAACGGAUGCUCCAUCACCAACAAGUCUCACUCGGAUAUUGUAAACUUGAUCAAAGAGGCGGGCAACACCGUAACCUUGCGCAUCAUUCCAGGUGAUGAAUCGUCCAAUCCAUCCUUGCUAACCAACGCAGAGAAGAUUGCUACCAUCACAACAACUCACACUCCUCAGCAGACACCACAAGAAGGACGGAAUAACACAAAACCAAAAUCAGAGCAACCAUUUGAUUAUAAGCCAGCUCAGGAGCCAGAACUGUAUACGGUCGAGUUGGAUAAAGGAGCGAAAGGAUUUGGCUUCAGUCUCCGUGGUGGCCGUGAAUACAACAUGGAUCUGUAUGUACUUCGAUUAGCUGAGGAUGGCCCAGCGAUAAGAAAUGGGAAAAUGAAGGUUGGCGAUGAAAUUCUGGAGAUCAAUGGAGAAAGCACCAAGAACAUGAAGCAUGCUCGUGCUAUAGAACUAAUUAAAAAUGGUGGUCGAAGGGUCUGCCUAUUUCUGAAACGUGGAAAUGGUUAUGUGCCAGAAUAUGACGCAAACAAUGACAGCAACAGCCCCACAACAGGUUCACAAAAUGUACCGGAAAUGAGAUCCUUACCAUCAGAAAGACGACCUCAUCCAUCACUGGAAUCCAGUUAUCCACCAGAAAUUCACAAUUCAUCACUGCACAGGGAAACGAGGAUUAAUGUACAAGAGGGGCCAAUGGGCAGAAAAGAACACAGCAGACCCACAAAAGAAUACCACACUACGUCCUGGAACAGUACUUCUGAAAGAAAAGAUAAAGCAUCCAAUUGGAGGAAGGACAGUUCACCUGUUAGAAGACAAAGGCAAGAAAGGAAGCCAGAGAAUGGAUAUCAUCAAAGAUCCCCUGAGGGAGGCAGGGAAAUAUCACGGCACAGGGAUCACAGUCUGGAGCGAAAUGAGGGAACUCAUGGCAGGUACAAAGAUGAAACCCUCGAAAGGAGAAGAAGAUCACCUGAACUGAGAUGGGAAGAGAGAAGGCGUGAAAAAUCACCGAGCGGGAGAAAGGAGCGGUCACCUGAGCGAAAGAGAGAAAGGUCGCCAAACAGGAGGAGGGAAGCACCACUCGACAGGAGAAGAGAGAGAUCACCUGAAAGAAGGAGAGAAAGAUUACCUGAGAAAAGGAGAGAAAGAUCACCUGAGAGAAGGAGAGAAAGAUCACCUGAGAGGAGGAGAGAAAGAUCGCCUGAGAGGAGGAGAGAAAGAUCGCCUGAGAGGAGGAGGCACAGGUCACCGGACAAAACCAGAGAGAGAUCACCCGAUAAGAAAAACAAAGUUGAUGAAAGCUCCAGGCACAGAGAGGAGCAAAAUAAGGGGAAAAUUGAUCUCACCAGAGGUUCCAGACAAUCCCCACAGCCUAGAAGGAAGGCCAAUAAAGAAUGCAGCACUGACCUCAGCAUCUGAAUGAAAUAUUAUGCAUCGAACGAUACAAAAUCUGCCAAGAGAUGGAUACUGUGAAGAUGCCUGCAAAGAUUCCAAAGUUGUUCAGAUUUUGUCAGCUUAAGAAGACUCGAGGCCCUGCUGAUGCAAACAAAAGAAUAUCACGGAAAACAAACAAAAAAAAGACACUGUACAUAUAUCAGAAAAAUGUUAACAGUGAAAUGUGCCUGACCCAACAAAAGCUAGGUAGGGAUUGUUUAAAAGGAAGAUAGUAUUCAAAUUAAAUGUCAAAUGUAAGCCUUAAUUGUAUUAUUGAUCUUAAAUAACUUGCUAGAUAUUUUGUUAGUACUUGGGGUGUCUCCAAACGUUGUAAUGAAAACGAGAUGAUAUUAGCACAAGAUAAUUGCACUUUGUCCAAAAAACACUAUGCCAUUUUAAUGCUAAGCAUUUUUCUAUAUCACACACACAAAAAAUGUUUUGAGGCUUUCCAAAACAUUAAACAAACACUUGACAGAUGUACUAUUGUGCGAACUAGUUGGUUACUGACUGGAAAUGAUGAAGGAAAGGCAAAGCUCUAAACUUGAGUAAUAUGACACAUAUUUAUGAUACGCUUAUUAAGGAAAGUUCUUUAAACUCAUAGAAAAAUGGCUAAAUAAGUUGUUGUGCAGACAGGUGGAGUAUUUAAAAGCAGAAGUAGCAUGGGAGUGUGCUUUAGAUUCAUUUGAUAAUUUCCAAUAAAACUGUAAAAAGGGUUUGUGUGGUAAAGGUCUGCUGUGACACUGCUUUGAGAAACGAGGAGGAGAAGCUGCCUAGCUGAGCCAUAAAGAUGCUCCUCAUUGCUGUUGAACCACUAAGUGAGCUGUUUUCAGUGCUCUAGUGUGUAUAUGUACUUUUUUCACAUUUCCAUCACAACACCGAGUAAGCAUUUGCGAGUUGUAUUCCAAUUGUUGCCAUGGUACUGUACAAAGUUUAAAUUGUAAUUAAUGGAGCCUGUUGGAAAAUGUUGCCUUUCUUGUAAAAAGAGUAAAACUAUGGCAAAACUAGCUAUGAGGGAUGUGAUAGUGUUUAUAUUUCUGAAAUGGAACAAACUGAUUUAGGGGACUUAUUUUAAAGUUAAAUAAUUCAGGUAUGUAAAACAGUUUUCAAAAGGAAUACUAUAUCAGUAACUGUUGAGCUUUUGUUGGUUUUGAAAUUCUAUUUCUUGAUGGUGGACUUGCCUGUAUAUUAUAAAACCACUUGUAUGCAGUCUGUGUGGUGUUUAAACAUUAACUCUUGCAAUGUGAUAUUGACAUAAUGUUCUGCUAUGUAGAUUGAAAGCAAUAUAUGGGCAAAUCUUUUUAUAAAACACUAUGCAUAUAUAAAUACUACAUUGUUCAUAGCUUGACUCGUAUAGCUAUAUACAUAGCUUUAGUGUAGUAAAGUGUAGUACGUAGUUGUGAACAUAUGCAGUAUAGCUUUUCUUUCCCCUUGAAACCAAUCACAAUGUAUAUGUAGCUACAAAAAGUCUGUGAAUGCUAUUUUUAUUAUCAAAUAAAAUUUUCCAUACAAAACCAUCAGUUUAGUGUUA